AGUAGCAAAGUAGCGCUAGCGUUGUGUCACAGUCUAUUGCACCGUUACUCAGGAAUAUAUUGUUUUAUCGGUAUGUGUGGAACAUGACAGAGUUAUAAGGUAACUAGUGAAUAUUUUGUUUGUUUGGUUAUGUUUUGUUGUUGGGAAUCUUUUGACUUGUUGCUGCUGUUGGCUGGCUGUCCUCACCAACUCUACUAGCUGCUGAUGCGUCUCUAAGCUGAUAAGCAGGUCACUUUAAUGCCAGGGAUAAACGCCUCGACGAUGGCUAAACCCCCCUCUACAAUUUUAAAAGGUGUUGUCGCGUUUGUUGACGUCUGGUCCACCAGUAAGCGUGAGAACUUCUCAGAUGGCUUCAUCACUCAGCUGACUGAAAUGGGGGCAAAGGUGUCUAAAACCCUGAAUAAGCAUGUGACCCACGUCAUCUUCAAGCAUGGCCACCAGUCCACCUGGAGGAAGGCGGAGAAGAUGGGCCUCAAGCUGGUCUCCGUCCUCUGGGUGGACCGGUGCAAGAACGAGGGCCAGCACAUUGAGGAGAGCUUGUGCCCUGCGCUGAAUGAGGAGAGCAAGUCUGUACUGGUCAACAAGCGCACGCAUAAAUGUAUGCAGCCUCGGGAUGCUCCCGCCAGGACCCCGGAGAACGACAAGCGGCUGAAAAAGAAACUGGAGAAGAUGAUGGAGAAGAUGGUUCCCUCAUCACCUGUGGUGCCCACCUGGUCUCCGCUGAUCAUUGACGAGGAGAACGGCAUCAUCUACAGCCCGUCUCUACGGCGUGCGGAGGCCAUGGCAGAGAGGCUCAGGGAGAUGAGGGAACAGAGGGAGAACCUCUCUCCUACAGCCUCCCAGAUGGUGGAGUCCAUGUGUCACGAGGGUUCCUUGAAGCCUGCCAUUGGGAGCACUCCCCCCUCCUCCUCAUCCUUCUUGCAGAUGCUGGAAGAAGAAUCUGAUGACGACUCGUCUGCUUCACGUCUGGGCCUCUCCUCCACCCCCGACGCCGGCGCGCAGCACUCUGGGGGGGCAGCGGAGGGGGGGCAGCAGCAGCUGCUGUGCCUGAGCGCCUCCAGGAGCGACUACUCUGGCCUUGGCCUCUCCCUCUCCUCCUCCUCCUCCUCCAUCGCCCCCUCACAGGAGAAGAAGAAGAACCCACACACACACUCACACACCCGCAAGCUGCUCGCCUCCACUCCACUGUCCGGAACCACGCCCCAGGGAAGCUCAGCAGCAGCAGCAACCUCCACGACAUCGUCAGGUUCCAAAGCUCCGUCCUCGUCCAAUCGCAAGGGCCGCAGCAAAACGCCUGCAAAGCGCCGCUCCACAAAACAGAACUCAUUGGACAGCUAUUUUUCCCCCACACUCCCCAAAGAGAUACAACACACUGUGAUGGUUAAUGACACUUUCAGCAGUGAUGGAGAAACGUCUUCUAGAAAGUCCUCUGUACACGAGGGUGAAUUGAAACUGACACCUCCUGGCGAUGACUGGAGCGUUGUUGAGGAAACGCCAUUGAGGGGCUCGCCAAACUUUACAGAGACUCGGACUAAAACCGACAGUCUUGUUAGUGAGACUUGGACUGAAAUGAUGGAUGGUGGUAACGCCAAACGGACCUCCACAUCUCCCGUUCUACCUGUGAUUAGGAAGGCCGUAAAAGACAGGACACUCUCCUGCCCUGAAGCUGCUAGGCAGCCGACAAAACCGCCUUCAGCUGUGUCCGCAUUGAAGAAAAUCUCAAAGUGUUCAACGAGGCGUUCGCCAGCCGAAAAAGGGGGAAACGACGAGGACGGCGCGUUUGAGGACUAUUUCUCAUCCAGCGAGAAGCCCUCGUCGCGGCGCAAGACCUUCUGCCUGGACUUCCUGCCAGAAAGCGACCUCUUUUCCCCCUUCGAGCAGACGGUUAAGCCUUUCAAGCGCAAGAGGAGGAAGAGCGGAAGUGAGGAGACGACGAGUAAGAGGCACAGACACGCUCCCGUGAAGGCCGCCGACGUCUUGGCAGACACGACGUCGGCACUCGACGGCCCAUCUCAUGAGGACGAGCCCUGUUCCAGUAGCAAGCUAAAGAGAACUCCGCGCCGCAAGCCUGUCGGCAAGCAGCAGCAGCAACGGUCGGCUUCUGGUCGCAAAGACAGACAGAGGACGAAGGCUGCUAAUGAUGAUGAUGAUGGCGGCGGCGGCGGCGUUGAUGAUGGUGGUGGUGAAGAGCGUGUGGUGGAGCAGGAAAGGGAAGGUCUCCCAUCCCGACCCAAAGCCCCAACCCCUGCUGAUCUGAAACGCGAAAGGCUGGCACUAACUGUCUUCGCCUCCCCGAUGACAUCACGAGUCGGUGUCACCAGGGGCAGAAAAGGGACGCAAACGUUGGGCAGAGGCAGUAAAAAUGCCCCUGAAGGUCUCAGGGACAGCAGUGCGGAAAUGUUUAGCUGUCAGGGUGGCGCAAAGGACAAAAAUGUGAAGAGCAAAAGAACUCUGGUGAUGACGAGCAUGCCUACAGAAAAGCAGCACACAGUGUUGCAGGUGGUGAAGUCGCUGGGCGGCUUCUCGGUGGUGGACGCGGUGUGCGAGACGACGACCCACGUGGUGGCGGGCAGCCCGCGCCGCACCCUCAACAUACUACUGGGCAUCGCACGGGGCUGCUGGGUCGUCUCCUACGAGUGGAUUCUGUGGUGUUUGGAGCACCGGCAGUGGAUUCCAGAGGAGCCUUACGAGCUGUCUGAUCACUUCCCCGCUGCGCCCAUCUGCCGGCUGCAGCAGCACCUGUCCGCGGGGGAGCAUCAGCAGGAUCUGUUCCAGGGCCUGCCGCCCAUGUUCGUGUCUCCCCUGGUGCAGCCGCCGCGGCCCAGCCUGCAGGAGCUGAUCGCGCUGUGUGGGGGCGCCGUGUGCCAGUCCGUCAGGCAGGCGGGCAUCUUCAUCGGCGAGUACAGGGGCCGGAAGCCAGAGGGGGCGCGCAGCCUGUCGGAGCAGUGGAUUCUGGACUGUGUGACACAUCUGAAGAGGCUUCCGUUUGAAGAUUACAAUUUGGAGUACCAGUGCCCAUGAAGCUCAGUCCUUUGGGAAUAUAUGUCUGCAACUACUGAAUAUGCUUUUGUGAAUGGACAAUUAAUUCUACGUAUGUACCUGCCAUGUCUUGAAAUCAUUUUUCUGUAAAUGUUUUUGUUUUUAAUAAAGAAAGUUUACACUUUCAUUAAUAC